AUGGCUUUCUCAGAUGCAGUGCAGUGGUGGGAGGAGUGGCAGUUGCGCAUCCUUGUCCUAUGCAGCCUCUUCCUUCAAUACUUCCUCUUCAUCGCCGCAUCCUUGCGUAAGCGUUGUCUCCCUCCUUGGUUCAAAUUAUUAACCUGGCUCGCCUACCUAGCUAGCGAUGCCGUAGCUAUAUACGCACUUGCCACCCUAUUCAAUCGUCACAAAAGGCAAGAAUGGCUAUCCACGCACCGCAGUAGCGCUAGCAUGGAGGUGGUGUGGGCACCUAUACUUUUGCUGCACCUUGGUGGGCAAGAUGGCAUAACGGCCUAUAACAUCGAGGACAAUGAGCUGUGGAGGCGUCAUGUUGUAACUGCCGUGUCUCAGCCGUGCCAGUCUUCCAACGACAUCACCGAGCUCGUCUUCGACCAUGUCGUCAACCAUGGGUGGAAGAACCGCAUCAAGGACGCGGCCACCUUCCAUGAGUUCAACAAUAACCGGGGCCAGCAGACUCUCCAGCGCGAGGGCUGCAACGAGGGCAUGCCGCUGGAGAGCCUGCAGAGGCCAUUCGAUGAGAGUGUCAUCCUCUGGCACCUCGCCACCGAUUUCUGCUUCUUCCACCACCGCAUGGACGCCGCAGGCAAGUCAGCUUCCGGCGGCCAUGGAGAUGGAGACGCCCGCCGCCGCAGCAGCAGGGAGAUCUCCAACUACAUGGCCUACCUGCUGUUCACCAACCCAGAGAUGCUGAUGCCCGGCUCCAGGCGGAGCCUGUUCAAGGACGCCUACGAGAAGCUCAAGAAAAUGGCCGGGGACGAGGACGACAGCACCUCGUCACCAAUUCCAAAUGGGACGGUACCCACACAGAAGAAGACGAAGAAGCUGUCACUGCUGGACGAGCAACAGAUGAUUGCCUCUCAGAUCAUGCAGAAGCUGCAGAGCGCCAAGGAGGGUUCAGAAGGUUUGGUUCUUGGCGCCUGGGUCCUCGCCCAAGAGCUCAUGGGUACAGCAGCAGGCAAGGACGAUGACGACGGGUUGGAAGGGGAGGAGAAGAUGUGGAGGGUGAUCCAGGGCGUGUGGGUGGAGAUGCUCUGCUUCUCUGCCGGCAGGUGCCGAGGUUUUCUGCAUGCCAAGAGCCUAGGCAAGGGUGGGCAGUACCUCUCCUACGUCUGGAUGCUCAUGUCCUUCCUUGGCAUGGAGACACUGGCGGAGAGGCUGCAGAGGACGGAGCUGCACGUGCAGGGAGACAUGGGCGCCACCCGCCCGAUGACGCCGGCUGCAUCUGAGAUGCCAACGCCAACCGGCAGCGACAAUGUUUGA